UCGCACUCAUCGCGGGUAUCCACUGGUGACAGCCAGGGAUAAUGGGUAAAUGGAUAUAAAUAUAAAAUAUGCGUCAGUCUCAACACUUAAACUUCGAGGAGGAUUAGCAGAUACGUACAAGUAUUGAAGAAGUACUAGUCAACGACCGGCAUAACAAUGGACACCAAAUCUGCAUGUAUCUCGGUGUUGAUGAUAUUGGCGGCCCUGGGUACCAGUAGUGCUGUCCUGGACCAAGAAGUCAUUGAUAAGAUCUGCGAUACUGGAAUCCAGCUGAAUACUCACCCUGAGUCCUGUAACAAGUACGUGCAGUGUCACCAUGGUAUUGGCUUUGAGAGGGACUGUCCGGCAGAGGGCAUGCGGUUUAACGUGGUCCUCGGGGUGUGCGACUGGGGAGAGGCCACCGAAUGUUUGCCGGAUGGUUGGCGCACGCUGCGGCGACUGGGGUGCACGUUUGACCCGCAAAAUAUUUACAACAAAGAAUUCCAUACCAACCCUUCUCUCCCUGUCCCUGCCAACUCUACCGACCUCACGCCAUAUCUAGAGGCCUGUGUAAAAGAGGCCAGACUCUCAGGUAUUCUAAACUUUGCUAUUUCAUUCGAUGGCCGUUGUUUGACCACUGAGAGUGGCAACGGAGGAGAUUUAGAGGGCUUAGAUGCCAGCUGUACCAUCUAUGACGUGUUCGAGGGAGGCUUGCUGGUGUACGCGUUUGAGGAAACGCCGGUGAGGACUGAUAUACAACCUUCUGUGGUUGAGUUUGGACUGUUGGUAUUGUGUUCUACGGGUGCAAACCCCCUGAGUUAUAAUGGAUACGGCUGUUACUGUGGGCUUGGCGGUUCUGGUACACCGGUCGAUGAAACAGAUAAAUGUUGUAAAAUUCACGAUGACUGCUAUACUGCCAUACAGACCAGUGGUACCUGUGCAUUGUCUAUAUCAGUUUAUGUCGUCCCGUAUUCUUGGGACGGGUGCAAUCCCACUGUUUGCAAGCCUGCAAGUUAUUAUUGGUUUUUCGGAACAUGCCGAAAUGCUGUGUGUGAAUGCGACGCGGCAGCUGCGCAGUGCUUCAGUGAUCAUAGGGAAACGUUUAGUCAGAACUACGUGAACUACGACAAAGAUGGAAAAUGUUGAAAAUACAACACAAGAGUCACGUGGGACUGUAAAAACUGUAAUAACUUGACGUUGGAAUAUUAUUGGAUUAUUAUCUUGAUUAAAUUCUAACGUCUGAGAA